CGCACCCACAAUCCCGUUUCACUCGUCCUCGUUUUCUUCGCUCUUCAUUCACUCUCAAGUCUCAACGUUUUCAUUCGCAUCCCCUGUUUCUUUUCCAAUGGGUUACCAAGUAUUAGAACCCAACCCAGCAACACAAACCCCAAACGCAAAAACGCCGGAAACGACGUCGUUGCGCUCCCCUCGAAAAAUUCAAAACAACGAAAACCACGCCAACAACAACAACAACAACGGUUACGUGACCGUUACUCCCACGCUCUCAAUCGUGCAGCCUCAUUCGCUUCUCCCGAAGCCAGUGCCGCCAACGGUUUCCUCCAGAAACGACGCCGUCGUUUCUUCCGACUUCGGGAGAUUCCUCCGCCAGCGCGGCAACGACCUGUCGUCCGCGAUUUCGCGAGGGAUCUCCACGCUGAAGCAGGCGAUCGACGAGCAAAACGACGGCGCUUUGAGAGGAGGAAAGCGAAACGACGUGACGGAGUUCAACCUGUCGGGGCUGAAGGUAAUGGUGGCGACGGUGAAGAGCGACGCGGCGUUGGCGGUGGCGCGGGGGCGAGUGAGCUUCUUCUCGCGGUCGAAUUGCAGAGAGUGCGGUGCGGUGAGAAGGUUCUUCAGAGAGAGAGGGUUGAGGUUCGUGGAGAUAAACGUGGACGUGUAUAGGGAGCGAGAGAAGGAGUUGAGAGAGAGAACGGGGAGCGCCACGGUGCCGAAGAUCUUCUUCGGCGAGAGGCUGAUCGGAGGGCUGGUGGAGCUGAACGCGCUCAGGAAGGACGGCGGCGGGGAGUUGGAGAGGCGGCUGAGGAAUUGCGGCGGCGAGGGGCCGGCGGCGCCGGCGUACGGGUUCGAUGAGGCGGUGGGAGAGGAGGAGGAGGAGAUGGUGAAGGUAGUUAGGGUUUUGAGGCAGAGGUUGCCGAUUCAGGACAGGUUGAUGAAGAUGAAGAUUGCGAGGAAUUGCUUCGGUGGGAGCGAGUUGGUGGAGCUUCUUGUUCGCCACCGUGGCUAUGCUCCUCCCAAGGCUGUUGAGAUUGGAAAACAGUUAUGCAAGAAGCACUUCAUUCAUCAUGUUUUUGGGGAAAAUGAUUUUGAGGAGGGAAACCACUUCUAUAGAUUCCUUGAGCACGAACCGUUUAUCUCCAAAUGCUUUAACUUCCGAGGUGCCACAAAUGAUACUGAACCGAAGGCUGCAGCUGCAGUGUGUGAUAGGCUUACCAAGAUUAUGUGUGCCAUUCUUGAGUCUUAUGCUUCUGAAGAGAGACGACAUGUUGAUUAUGUGGCCAUUAGCAAAAGCGAAGAGUUUCGGAGGUAUGUAAACAUGACCCAAGAUCUGCAGCGUGUGAAUCUCUUGGAAUUAUCAGAAAACGAGACGCUUGCCUUCUUCUUGAAUUUGUACAAUUCCAUGGUCGUCCAUGCUAUGAUUAGAGUAGGGUGUCAAGAAGGUGUAAUUAAUAGGAGAUCCUUCUCUGAUUUCCACUAUUUGAUUGGAGGCCAUCCUUAUUCUCUUAGUACUAUUAAAAAUGGUAUCCUCAGAAGCAAUCGGAGGUCACCAUACUCCUUUAUCAAGCCCUUUGGCACAGGAGACAGGCGCUUAGAGCAUGCUCUUGUCAAAAUGAAUCCGUUAGUUCACUUUGGACUUUGUAAUGGCACGAAGUCGAGCCCAAAGGUGAGAUUUUUCUCACCUUAUAGAGUUGCAGAAGAAUUGAGAUGUGCUGCUAGAGAAUUUUUUGAGAAUGAUGGAAUUGAAGUGGACUUGGAAAAGGGGACCAUUCAUCUCUCUCCAAUUUUCAAGUGGUACUCUGCAGAUUUCGGACAAGAAAGAAACAUACUGAAGUGGAUAAUAAAUUACUUGGAUGCAAAUAAAGCAGGUCUUUUGACACAUCUCUUAGGUGACGGUGGCCAUGUUAAUAUCUCAUACACGAGUUAUGACUGGUCAAUAAAUUCCUGAAUUAUUGUGAACGGAUUUGAUUCGGCUCCUUUAGCAGCUGAAUUGACCAGAUAUUUGUUGUACAUAUUUCAGAUUUUGAUUUGUUAGUAGUGUCUAAAAGCGAUAGUUCGAGUGUAAUUGAUACCAAAACAGAGAGUUUAGAAGAGGUGUUUCUUUUUGUCUUUUUGAUCGUAUAAUUUGUAAACCAAAACCAGGUGCAAAUCAAUGAUGCGCAGAAGUUUUA